AUGAACAAUUUGUUUACUGGAACAAUUCCUACUUCAUUGUCAAACGCUUCAAAACUUCAAGAGAUACUCAUCUCUAUAAAUUAUUUCAGCGGGACAAUGCCGAAAGAUCUUGGAAAACUUCCGGGUCUUACAGCGAUAGGUGUUUAUCAAAAUCGGUUGCAGGAUGACCUCACUUUUAUUUCACCUCUAACGAAUUGCACCAGUUUACAAAUUAUUGAUGCGGGUGACAAUCUUUUUAGAGGUUCAUUGCCUGACUCCAUAGCUAAUCUUUCCACAUAUCUUAGCUGGAUGAAUUUGCAUAUUAAUCAAACACAUGGAAGCAUUCCUUCAGGCAUCGGGAACCUUCUCAACCUCACUCAGUUAUCUAUGGUAGCAAAUAAUCUUGCUGGACCUGUUCCAUCCUCCAUUGGCAGACUUCAUAAUCUACAAUCUCUGUUGUUAGCCCAGAACAAAUUCACGGAACUUCCAUCUUCGCUUGGUAAUUUGACUUCAUUGAUUACUCUCGACUUGGGAGAAAACAAUAUCUAUGGAAACAUACCUCCAAGUUUGGGCAAUUGUCAUAGCUUGUUGGAAUUACACCUUUAUAAAAAUAAUUUCAAUGGUUCAAUACCCCCUGAAAUUAUGAGUCUUUCCUCUAUUUCAACAUUCCUCACGUUAGAUCACAAUGCACUAACCGGUUCUCUUCCAUCAGAAGUUGAGUGUUUGAAAAAUCUUGGGUACAUGGAUGUAUCCUAUAAUAGAUUAUCAGGACCCAUACCAAACAUGCUGAGCAAUUGUUUCAGUUUGGAAUGGCUUCACAUGCAGGCCAACUCAUUUGAAGGAGAGAUACCUCAAAGUUUGAGCAUGCUGAGGGGCUUAAGAUUAUUGGAUCUUUCACGCAAUAAUAAUUGUCGGGACUGA